UAAGCGGAAAGGAAAGAAGAAAAAAAAAAACCAACGACCGGUCAGUAGCCUUUCUCUCGAAAAACAUAAUACCUUUCUUUCUUCAAUUUUUGUCUCCACAAUUCAGUUCCUUCCAAGUUCACACACUCUCUCUCGCUAUUGCGUCGCUAAAAGAGAAAAAUAGAUUAACAUUACUGUAUAAAUGGCGACGGAAUCUGUAAUUAAGCUGUUGAUUAGCCACCAACUGCCUUGUUCAUCUUGAAUGGAGAAACAAACAAGGAGGCUCGCCGUUCUCUCCUCUCAUCUCUGCCCCAUAGCUUCUUUCUCGGGCUCGGGUUCGGGUUCCGGUCAGGAUCACGCUUCUUUAUCUUGUUAUAGCUGUAUUUCUGACUCCAAUAAUGAACGCCGUUCAAGCGAUUCUAUUGAGAUAGAGAAUCAGCCCCACGACUGCGUUUUCUGCAGGAUUAUUCGAGGAGAGUCUCCUGCUUUUAAGCUGUAUGAAGAUGACACGUGUCUUUGUAUUUUGGAUACAAGUCCAUUAAGUCAUGGGCACUCUCUUAUAAUCCCAAAAUCUCAUUAUCCUUCCUUAGAAGCAACUCCUCCAUCUGUGGUUGCAGCAAUGUGUUCAAAAGUGCCUUUUAUUGGCAAUGCAAUCAUGAGAGCUACAGGUUCUGAUUCCUUCAAUUUGUUGGUUAACAAUGGUGCAGCUGCAGGCCAAGUAAUAUUUCAUACACACAUCCAUAUAAUCCCUCGGAAGGAGAGUGAUUGCUUGUGGACAUCGGAGAGUAUACAAAGGCGUCCGUUAAAUUUUGACCAUAGAGCUUCUCAACUUGUUAAUCUUGUUCGAGAACAGUUAUCAAACAUUUCUGAAGAUGGGGGCAAGGGUCAAGAAUCUAGUCUCUCUUAAAAUCAAUGGAGUUUUUAGAUCUUUAAUGCAAUAUUUUUGCAUACACUAUGAGCCUGUAUUAUAACAACAGUGUACAUUCCCAUUUAUUUCAGUAGGUACCUCAGAUGGUUUGCUCUGCUGUAUUCUCCCAAAAAUGCAUCUGUUGUAUAUUAAAUUUUAUAUAGAAAAAAAAAAAAAAACAGAAUGUUUUUGAUA